AUGUCUAUGGGAUUCGAGGAUUGCGGGGUAGUGAGAGAUGGAUUCCCCCGACCCAUCCCGGAUACAUCUCCCAAUGUCUUGGAGCAGUUUCGCAUGACGGGCAAGGUGGUUGUCGUGACUGGAGCUGCGGAUGGUAUCGGGUAUGCCGUAUCAGAGGCAAUGGCCGAGGCUAACGCCAAUGUCGCCUUGUGGUACAACUCCAACGAUGCUGCCAUCAAGAAGGCUAGGAACUUGGCUGAUAUCCACGGCCUGAAGACGUGCGCGUACAAAGUUGACAUCUCCAACCCUCAAGAGGUCCAAGACGGGAUCAAUAAGGUCUUGCAAGAUUUUGGUAGAAUAGAUGUUUUCAUUGCCAACGCUGGAAUGGCAAUAUCGAAACCUAUUCUGGAACAAACACUUGAGGAGUACAGGAAGCAGAUGUCGGUUAACGUUGACGGCGUGGUAGUCUGUGCAAAGUACGCUGGCGAAGUGUUCAAGCGCCAAGGCACGGGAAACCUCAUUAUCACAUCAAGUGUGAGUGCGCACAUCGUCAACGUACCAACAGACCAGCCUGUAUACAAUGCUACGAAGGCUUUCGUAACGCAUUUUGGCAAGUCUUUAGCGCGCGAAUGGCGAGACUUUGCCCGAGUCAACAUUGUUUCGCCUGGGUUCUUCGAUACAAAGAUGGGCGCUAGCCCUGCUGUGGCCAAUGAGGCCUAUCGAAUGGCUGUUCUGGGACGACAAGGCCAUGUCAAGGAGAUCAAGGGUUUGUAUCUGUAUCUUGCCAGCGAUGCCUCGACCUAUACGACGGGUAGUGACGUCAUUAUUGAUGGCGGAUAUGUUUUACCAUAA